GCUCGCCUUCAACUUGACACAACUCGCUCGGUUGCCCAAAAGCUUGCCAAAACCGGAGGCCAAGUUGAGACGGAUAAGACUGUGAAUUGAGCCCCCAAACCCCCCCCCCCUCCAAAAUAUAAAAAAGAGUCGAGCUCAACACGUGCUCAUUCUUGAGUUUCAAAAGGUCACGUUUUCGAGAGCACCACCAACUUCACGAGGAAGGGCAACUUUUACCCGUCGUUUGGAAUGUCUGGGCCGUCCUGCGGACGUGUGCUGGCUCUGCUGGGCAUCUGCCUGGUGCUGAAUGGACGAGUUGCAGACAGCGCCACCGGAGAGCCUCACUGGUCGUACACGGGUCCCCAUGGACAGGAUCACUGGAAGGAGACGUACCCAAUCUGCGGCGAGGACAACCAGUCGCCUGUGGACGUGAGAACGGAUGCCACCCGCCUCGUCCCCGACCUGCCCCCCGUCUCUGUCUUGGGCUACGACGCGCCCAGCCAGACCACCUACAACAUGACCAACAACGGGCACACACUGUUUGUGAAACUGCCGCCCGGAAUGGAGAUGUCGGGAGGGGGCCUGCCCUGGCGCUACGAGGCUGUGCAGUUCCACCUGCACUGGGGCAGCGCGGGGAGACAGCUCGGCUCGGAGCACUACGUCGACGGGGUGCAGUACGCCGCGGAGAUCCACAUUGUUCAUUUCAACAAGGAAAAGUACAAAUCGGCGGAUGAAGCCACGAAAAAGGUGGAUGGGCUGGCCGUGCUGGGAGUCCUCGUGGAGGUUGGACCAAGGGACAAUGAGGUGUUUACGGUGUUCAUGAAAGAGCUUGGGAAAGUGAAGUACAGCGGCCAGCAGACAGUGGUGCAGGCAUUCAGCAUCCUGAGCCUCCUGCCCAAAGAGCUCGGUCACUUCUUCCGCUACAACGGCUCCCUGACGACGCCGGGAUGCGACGAGACUGUCACGUGGACGCUGCUGCACAAACCCAUCGAGGUGUCGGUGGCACAGUUGACCACGCUGACCACCGGCCUCGCGUUCACGGAGGCAUCGGCCCCCGUGGCCUCUACGAUGGAGAACAACUUCCGCUUUCCGCAGCCCCUGGGCCAGAGGAAGAUCCUCACCUCCUUCCCUCUGCCAAGUCAGAGACCAAAGGGACUGCGUGUGGGUGACAUCCUUGCCAUCAUCUUCGGCAUCCUCUUCGUCAUCUGCUUCGUCGUCCUGGUCAUUUAUUGCUUCUCCCAAAGACGCAAAACGUCCAGACAGUCUGCCACCAAACGCGACGUUAUCUACAAACCGGCCGCUAACCACGACGGUGUCCAGAUUUGACGGUGGAACGAGGGUGAGCGUUGAUCCCGAUGCUCCCAAUGAAGGUGCCAAGAACGAACUGGCUCAGUCCUUCUAUUAUCACCAUUGCCGUUAUUAUGGUUGCUAUGUCAUAAGCCGAUAACAUGACCACACCGUUGUUAGUCGAUUUUCAGAUUGCGUGUUGGUGGGGUGACGCGCACACCUGGAACGUGGAGGCAUGUGCCGGGUGCUUGUGGGAAAAGGGGAACACCUUGACUCGCAGUGUCACGAACAGUGUGUAAAUGGCGCACCUUUACACCAUCGUAAUCACUAUUAUUUUUUCUUAGAAGCCAGCGGUAAAACCCAAAUGGCUUCAGCUAACGCAUUAUCACUCCCAGCUUCGCUAAUGACGAGAACUUUCUUGAAAUGCUUUUCUCAACCGUUUCGCCCUCUUGCCAAUCUCCUUCAUUGAGCGACGCUUGAAACACGUAAACCCAGGUCAAACCUGGAACUUUCUGCACGAUAUCUAAACAUAUACCACUCUUGCCAUUCAUUGGAGCACAAUUUUAUUGCGAAGUUACCAUUUCUCUAAUUGUAUUGUUUUUCAAACACCUUAUUAGUUUAAAAGCCGUGUUCAUGGACUGCCUUUUGAACUGAAACCUUCGGGUGAGUGUGGGACACAUGUUUAUAGCCGGUUUCUGACUCGGCCGUCGUAAAGCAUCGUUGCCGGGAAGUAUCCGUCAGAUGUUGACGAAUUCACUCGGAGGGCGUGAAGAGUUGCCACAUGGGUUUGCCGCAUCCAUCCAAAGCAGAUGUCGCUCAAGGGGUUAAUUUAAGACCAAGCGUGAGAUCUUCUUGGUUCUUUCGGUAAAGUCACGUAGAAGGGAAGUAAUAAAAUAAUAAAAUUAAAAAUAAAACAUAAUAAAAUAAUUCUCACGACGUUUCGGGCCACAACGCAAGCACGUGGUGCUGUUUCAUUCAGACGCUGUCUCCUCGACAGACCUGGUUUUCACCUGAGGACGGCUACUUGCGUUGUGGCCGAAACGUCGUGAGAAUUAUUUUAUUAUGUUUUAUUUUUAUUAUUUUAUUACUUUUCUUCUACGUGACUGUACCUAAAGAACCAAGAAGAUGAAUCCCUGCAGUCACGAAAGCUUUAAAUCGAAAUUCAAGCGUGAGAUGUUUGUUCUUGUCACGCGCAGAAGGCAAUGAGCCACACCUGCCACCGGGGAAGGCAAAGUGUGGGCUCAUGUGUGAGCUCUUCCACUCUCUGCUUUGGCUUUUCGAGCGAGGUUCUUUGUUAGCUGUGGGCUCCCUCGGGAUGUGUGCAACUGACACUGCAGCAAAGUCAACAUCCUUGUGGUCAAGAAAUGUCUCCUGAAGGUUUUUUUUUUUAAGUGAAUGUCAUGCCGACAACUGAGAUUGUACUGGGAGAUCAAGUUUUAGGAUUGUGGUGGAAUUUAUGUUAAGCGUGCGGUUUGGGUUUUUUGGACUCGGUUCUUUGUUCUUGGAAAUAACAAAAAAACGUGUUCAAUUUUAGACUUAGUUAGACUUAGUCUUUCACGACCAAUAUUAUGAUUCAUAAUUAGUUUAUUUUGCGUUAGGUGGUGUGAAAAUACAUGUCGUAAGCCCUCCUCCACCGCCACAACUAAUUAAUACAAGUGUCACGUGAAUCGAAUGUUCCAGAUGUAUUACUGCUGCAGGAGCGCCACCGGUGUGGUUGUUGGAGAGUAAUCUCACAGCGUUUAAAUGGGUACGGACGUUUCACGGGAUAUUACAUCCAGCAUCAUCAGGUUAUUAAUAGGAGCUCGGAUCUUCAAAUCGCUUCCUGAUCCAGGUCCUUUAGUAGAUGCCAUGAACUCAUCGGCACAGUCAUGCAUGGCAUCUAGUUAAAUAAUUACAAAUCUAGUUGAUUGGUUGUGAUUGGCAGGUUAGGUGAAACUAUGUAGUCAUUGGUGAAAAUAGAAAAUCUUCAAUUACGUUAAGGUGUAUUGUGUUUGUAAUGAAGUUGCCAUUUUAAGAACUUUUACGACACACAUUUUUAAACGACCUAACCUAAAAGAGACCAAUUGUGAACUGUGCAUUUAGUUUCAAAUCAGUAGAUGUAGUUUUAUACAAAUUCAGUGCAGUAUAAUAUAUAUCUAAAUAAAUAGAUUUGUCCACUUCGUGAAUAAUAAUGUGCAAACCCACGCUAGAUUUAUUUUCCUCGGAGUCGCAGAUUUUCUAUGGGAAAAAAAUCAGCAAUAACACAACCCUGUCACAUGAAAGCUUUUGCCGUUGUUAAACUUGACUCAACCAGUUUAUUUCUACGCCAUCAGUGCUUCUUCAUAUGAAGUCAGCAGUCAAAUAGUUUCAUGGGCUGCGGAACUGUUGCAGAUACUACUGGGUAGUUUUUCUUCUUCACGAAACAUCAUGUAUCUCACUGCCCAUUGCACAGCUAAUGUAAGUAGAUCGCAUUAAUAAUGAAUCAGCACAGCUGGCUUAUUGGCAGAAUCUGCCAGCAUCGACUACCGAUGUCACGUUGUACAUUGACGCAUUGUCGUAGCUGGAGCAGCAAUGGUCAUCGAGUAAAUAAAAAGCAAGUGCAUCUUUUUGAAUGGAUUUUAAGUUAACAGUUUUAGACUCGUUUUCAUUUUCAAACAAGUGUUUUUUUUAUGGUGAAUGGUUGUCCGCGAAAAAUAUUUUGAUGGUUGAUAGUGGUCCACUGGUCCAGAACGUUAGGGUAUAUCGAUCUCGGACAUGUAUAUUAUUAAGUACUGUGAAGUUAAACGCAAGAAACCUGUACAUCAGACUUAAUGACUUUCGCCUAUUUCAUAAUGCAAGCUAGACAUUGCAUCCUGGACGCCUUAAAAUAAAUCUAUAUAGCCUGAGUCAUGCUGUCACAGAAAAGGUCAUAGUCACGCUCAUGUAUCUUAAACAUAUGCACGCCACAUACAAUUCGAUGCCACUUAUCGAAUUGAACAACUCGUUUGAUUAAUUUUAAUUCGGGACCACUAUUUAUUCACUGAAUGUAAUAUUACUGCAAAAGUGUUUGACAAAUAUCAUCAAAGAUAUUCGCGUGUUAAUUUGGCAGUGAUACAUAGUGGUUGUAUAUUAUUCGGGUUAGUGGGCGGUUGUAGUGAAUGCUAAUGUGGGUUGCCGGGUGAAGUUAUCCAAAGUGCUCUAUUGCUUUAUGUGAUUGCACAUGCUGUGUCCCAUAAGGCUUAGGACUGUCACGGAAGUCUGUGUGUGGCUUAAUAACGGUCAUGAGCAAAGUAAGAGGUCAUUAUAACCAUGGAGAGCUCGUAGAUUUAAUAGAUAUUAUAUGAAUAUUAGGAUGCAUAAGGAUCUUCAUAUAUACUGUGUAUUGCAUAUGAAGUAAGUUUUAAAAAUGCUGUAAGUAUGUUAUGCUGUUUGAAAAAAAAAAUCAUUGGAGUACUACAUAAUACAGUGCUAUAUUUGUCUAAAUUAAAUGCUUCUAUAUCUAAACCGAGUUAUUGCAACAUUUUAUUUGCGAAUUAAUUUUGCGAUUAAAUUGCCCAAAAAAGAAUUUCAACAAUGAGUUUGGAUCAAUUUGCAGAGUACAGUGACGAGACUUUGAAUGCAAUCGGGUUGAGAAUUUCAGCCACAUGGGUCUGGUGACUGUAAAUCUGGCAAAACAGGUUCUGCAUGGGCGAGAGUACUUUGGUCCGUCUUUUAAAAACGGGGGGGGGGGGGGGGGGGCGUCAUUUAUGAUUGCCACCUUAGGAGGUACACAAAAUGCGGGGCAUAUCGUGGAAAGAAAGGUAUCUCAUAAUACCAGAAGAGGGGAAAACUACAUUUCGAUUUAAAGCUUUCGUGACUGCAGGGAUUCAUAUUCUUGGUUCUUUCGGUAAAGUCACGUAGAAGGGAAAUAAUAAAGUAUGAAAAAUGAAAAAUAAAAUUCUCACGACGUUUCGAUUGCAACACAAGCAAUCAUCAUCAGGUGUGAAAUCCACAGCAACGCCACUUUUUUCUAAUUUUCUUGUUGUGGUUUUCACACCUGAUGAUGAUUGCUUGUGUUGCAAUCGAAACGUCGUGAGAAUUUUAUUGUUAAAUUUUUAUUAUUUCCCUUCUACGUGACUUUACCGAAAGAACCAAGAAUAUAGGAGAAAACUAGUCGUAUAAUCGUUGUCUUGCAACGACUACAAGAUUUAUCGGGAUGGCUUCCUCACAGAGAGGGAUGUCCUGGGAAAAAAAACCAGAACAGGUGCAGAACCUAUAUACAGCGUGGUCCAUAUGUCUUGUGACUCCCGUUUCAUUCUAUAAAACGUCAUCUUUUUUUGUACACUAUUGGCUAUGAAAACAGAAACAAAUAAUAUAUCACGACGUUUCGAUCGCAACGGGCCCUAUGGUGUAGUGUUUUGAUGAAGGACUUCUUCUGAGCCGGAUGGUGGUGGGAGUCAGGCUUUAGAUAGGAAUCCGUGUGGAUGGCUUUCCUGCAGACGGAAUGUCCCAACGAGACAUCAGGCCUCGUCUCGAUCAAAACAUCCAGGAAUGAUAGCUUACCAUCAUUUUCCACUUCCAUGGUGAAUUUGAUGGAUGGGUGUAUGGAAUUGAUAUGGUUGAAAAAAAUCUCGCUGGUUCAGUAGUUAGUUCCAUUGCUGGAUUAUUUUUUCCGCCUGAGGACGACCCGCUUGUGUUGCGAUCGAAACGUCGUGAGAAAUAUUUUUUUUAGUUUUCCUUCAUUUUUCUACCUACGUGACUUUAACGAAAGAACCAAAGAGUAUGGAUUCCUGCAGUCACGAAAGCUUCAAAUCAAGAUAGAAACAAAUGAGCAAAGGAAAAAUAAAAAAAUUAGGGGUCAAUUAAUUUGCCGGGUCACAAGACACCUGUACCACCACCACCCUGUGCACGACUGUGCGCUGUAUGGUUUGGUGUGAAAGCCCUGUUCGGGCACGCUCACAUCUGAGGGCGUCGCACUCUCUGCACAAACGCAAUUAGAUGACGCCAAAGCCACAGAGUGCUUUUAUUUUCAUCGUCACUGGCGGCCUCUGCUGGGAGGGCUUAAGCGUCAGCUGAUGGGGGUAUUGCUGUCUGCCUGAAGCCUCAAGUGCCUCUCCAUAUAGCCUUAGCAACUGAAAGUGCUUUACAUCAACAUGUCAUCCAUUGCAUUGCCAUGUUGCAGGCAAGUCGACGAAACCCCCCCACCACCACCACCACCGCGUGGCAGCUCUCGUGGUGACAUUGCGACCGUGGGACGCACACUCACCUGGAUUGACCCACCGUGACCAGGACGUGGCCUCAGCCAAACGCUUAAGCGUAACUUUACACCGCGUUGUGCACACACGUGCACAAUGUACCCGUGCGUGUUUUGUUUGUGCGGCAAUAAUGUCAGGGUAUGUGGCAUUUGCUUUCUCUCUAAGAGUUUGUUUCCUCUCUCGAGGCGGGGCCGUGUUUUGUCAUUGCAAAACAGAGAAGGCCGACCCCCUCCGCAUUCCCCGUUCUGCCUCUUUAAUGUUGUGGCUCAAAAUGUGGAGCUCCUGCGAGACACUUGAUAAGGUAUCGUGAUUUUUAAAACGGGCAAUGUUGUCAUCCUCAGCCGUAUGUGAUAACUUUAUUCUAAUAAAUGGAUUAUAAUUGCA